UGUGCAGGCCCUGCACUCUUUAGUACUAUAUCUCACCCAAAUUAUUAUUAUUAUUAUUCCCUUCAAACGAACAAAAGACGACCAGCUCACAGAACUUCACAUUUCCGUCUUCUCACAUUCCAAACCAAUUUAUGCUGCUUCACUUUCACCUCUGGAUGCACACAGAUUCCCGCACUUCUUCUACUUCCAAUCACAUCAAUACUUGAUUCACAGGCCUUGUUAUCUACAUUUUCAAAUUGCAGUGGUCAGCAUUUUGGAGGCACCAAAUGCUUUUGUACUGUCGGCUAUCUUGAUCAAGUCUCAUGCGGGGUUUUUGCUUGAAGUUCUUGAUUUGGAGAUAGAAUUGAUUAAGUGGGUCUCAGAGAUUCUUGAUUUUGGGGGUGGAGGAUUCGUCUCCUGCCUUCCAGCGGCUGCUUGAUCCAAUCUGGUUGAUGGGCUUUCGUGGAUUCUUGAUUUGGCACUGAACUGUGGAAGUUUCGGGCCAAAGAUGCGGCGGCGGGCGACCGACUAUCGGCGCCCGGUUCGAAGGAGGUUGUCGUGCUGGAUCUGGGUGCUUCUUUUGUUGUCUUUGGUCGCAGGUUGUGUUUUGUUCGCUGUUCAGCAUAAACAUCAGGAUGAGGAUCAUGUGGAACAACCUGUUCGGGAGAUAAAUCACAGAAAUGACAGGGUUGUUCAUGAGAAUCAAAACUUUACUGAAGAAAUAUUAAGUGCUAAAUCAUAUGCCAGACAGUUAGCAGAGCAAAUGACCCUUGCCAAAGCUUAUGUUAUUAUCGCAAAAGAACAUAACAAUCUCCAUCUUGCUUGGGAGCUGAGUUCAAAUAUACGAAGUUGCCAACUUUUGCUCUCCAAGGCAGCCAUGAGAGAGGAGCCCAUAUCGUUAGAGGAAGCUGAACCAAUAAUUAAAAGUUUAUCAUCCCUCAUCUUUAAGGCGCAGGAUGCCCAUUAUGAUAUUGCAACCACAAUUACAACAAUGAAGUCCCAUAUUCAGGCUCUGGAGGAGCGUGCAAAUGCAGCAACUAUUCAGAGUACAGUAUUUGGACAAUUAGCUGCUGAAUCAAUACCCAAGAACCUUCAGUGCAUUGACAUUAAACUCACAGCUGAUUGGCUUCAGAACAAGUCAAUGCAGGAGCUUGCAGAUGAAAGGAGGAACUCUCCCCGACUUGUGGACAAUAACCUUUACCACUUCUGUAUAUUUUCUGAUAACCUUCUGGCCGUUUCAGUAGUUGUUAAUUCUACUGUUUCAAAUGCUGAACAUCCAAAGCAGCUUGUAUUUCAUAUUGUGACAAAUGGGGUAAAAUAUGGGGCAAUGCAGGCUUGGUUCCUCAGUAACGAUUUUAAAGGUGCUGCAAUAGAAGUACAAAACAUUGAAGACUUCACUUGGUUGAACACAUCUUAUUCGCCUGUUGUAAAACAACUACUUGAUGCAGAUUCACAUCAUUAUUUCUUUGAAAUUUCACAGGUUACCAGCAUUGAACCAAAGUUCCAUAAUCCGAAGUACCUCUCUCUGUUGAAUCAUCUCCGGUUCUAUAUCCCAGAGAUUUAUCCCCAAUUGGAAAAGGUAGUUUUUCUUGACGACGAUGUUGUUGUCCAGAAGGAUUUGACACCUCUCUUUUCGCUGGAUUUGCAUGGGAAUGUGAAUGGAGCUGUUGAAACUUGCCUGGAAGCUUUCCACCGGUACUAUAAGUAUCUAAAUUUUUCGAACCCACUCAUAAGCACCAAAUUUGAUCCCCAAGCAUGCGGAUGGGCAUUCGGUAUGAAUGUUUUCGAUUUGAUUGCUUGGAGAAAGGAAAAUGUGACUGCAAAAUAUCAUUAUUGGCAGGAACAAAAUGUUGAUAAGUCACUCUGGAAGCUUGGCAGUCUUCCUCCUGGACUUCUGGCUUUCUAUGGAUUGACAGAGCCGCUUGAUAGGAGAUGGCAUGUUUUAGGGUUGGGUUAUGAUCUGAAUAUUGAUAAUCGCCUGAUAGAGACUGCAGCUGUAAUUCAUUUCAACGGAAACAUGAAGCCCUGGCUGAAGCUGAGCAUAGGCAGGUAUAGGCCUCUGUGGGAACAGUAUGUGAAUCAAACCCACCGAUAUCUUCAGGAUUGUGUCACAAGUUAGGUAUUAUGAUGCUUUCAAGUUGAGGUGCAUCAAUUUUAUAACUUAUUCCUGUUUCAGAUUUUUGGAAGCAUGAUUGCCUUAGUGUAGAUUUAGAGUAGAAAAUUUUGACAUUUUUGACGAACCCUUUUCUUCUUUUACCUAUUGCAAGUUAUAUAUAUAUAUAUAUUGAAGGAGAAAUUUUACCAUAAACUAGCAAGGAAAUCAUUCAUAGUCAGAUGAGAAUCUUUUUAGCUGCAUCGGAUCGAUUCUGUCUUAUAGCUUCUGUUGCUUCUGUGGUGUUAAUUCGCAAUCACACCAUGUAGUUAUAUUUCAGUUCUUAUGGUCUUUGAAGUCUGUUAUUUUGAGCAUCAGAAGAAUUGAACUGUUGUAGUUGAUGAUCUGAAUGUUGCUAAUUUGAAGUUCUGGUUCAUUUUCGAAACACAUCUUG